UUUAUCUUUCCUUCUCAAAAGUUGCGAUAACCCCGCCGCUGAUGUGGUCUUGUACGGUGGUCAUUUGUGAAGCCCUGGAACUGGUUCAUGUGGGCGGCUUAGAAGUCCCCAUGAUUAUUCCUUACAGCGAGCAUACUCGAACGCUCAAUAAAUAACAGGCAGAGGCAGCUCUCUCUGUCACUACGGGUGAUGGACCAUGAAUCUUUCGUGCCUCAUAUCCCGCCAAAUUUUUUAUCCCAAACGACUCUACCUGCCUUUCAAACCUUUCUCCUUCAAAACCCAUCUGCUAAUUUCCUCUAGAUUCAAUCAAACCUCAGCUUUACGUAGCCCAGACCCACAAAACGACACUUUAAUAACGUCAAUCCAAAAAUCCACCUCCAUAUCCUAUAAUCAUCUCGUCUCAACAUGCGCUGCCUCAAAAUCUUUGAUUCAGGGCAUGGAAGUGCAUGCUCAUGUAGUCAAAUGUGGGUUCUCUAAAGAUGCAAAAACAAGGAACUCGUUGAUUAAGAUAUACACGAAAUGUCAGUCUUUUGGAUAUGCACGGAAGCUUGUUGUAGAAAGUCCUGAACCAGAUUUGGUGUCUUGGUCUGCUUUGAUUUCUGGGUAUGCGAAGAAUAGGCUUGCUGCAGAGGCAAUUUCGGCUUUUUAUGAGAUGCAUUUGUUGGCUCUUAAGGUUAAUGAAUUCACCUUUCCUAGUGUACUUAAGGCCUGUACGAUUAAAAAGGAUUUGAGGCUAGGGAUACAGCUUCAUGGGACUGCUGUGGUUACAGGGUUUGAGUUGGAUGAGUAUGUUUCAAAUGCUUUGAUUGUUAUGUACGCUAAUUGUGGUAAAUUUGGGGAUGCAAGGACGCUGUUUGAUGCAAUCCCAGAACGAAGUGUUGUAACAUGGAAUUCCUUGUUUUCAUGUUAUGUGCAAAGUGACUUUCGUGAAGAGGCGAUAUGUUUGUUUCAGGAAAUGGUUUUGUCUGGUAUUAAACCCAAUGAGUUUAGUCUAUCUGGUAUUAUCAAUGCCUAUACAGGUUUAAUGGAUGAAGAUCAAGGAACGAAAAUUCAUGGGUAUAUUAUAAAGCUUGGGUAUGAUUCAGAUCUGUUCUCAGCAAAUGCACUUGUUGACAUGUAUGCAAAAGUAGGAGACCUUCAAGAUUCCAUCACUGUAUUUGAGGGAAUCGCAAAACCUGACAUUGUUUCUUGGAAUGCUAUAAUUGCUGGUUGUGUUCAUCAAGAGCAAUAUGAGCGGGCUCUAAAUUUGUUUUGGCGAAUGAAUAGAUCAGGAUUAUGUCCUAAUAUGUUCACUUUGUCAAGUGCUCUUAAAGCUUGUGCUGGAAUGGGGCUCAAGAAAUUGGGUAGUCAGUUGCACUCCAGCUUGAUCAAGAUGAAAGUCAAGUCAGAUUUAUUUGUUGACGUUGGACUUAUAGAUAUGUAUUCAAAGUGUCAUUUGACGGACGAUAUGAGAAUGGUGUUUAAGUUAAUGCCUGAGAAGGACUUAAUUACAUGGAAUGCUGUGAUCACUGGAUAUUCAUUUAAUGGAAAAGACAUGGAAGCUGUGUUACUUUUUCCUUUGAUGCACCAGGAAGGAACGGGAUUCAACCAGACAACUUUCUCAACUGUCCUUAAAUCCGUAGCCAGCUUGCAGGCUAUCAAUGUUUGUCUGCAAGUCCAUGCACUUACUCAGAAAUCAGGUUUUGAAUUUGACAACUAUGUGGUGAAUAGCCUCAUCGAUGCAUAUGGAAAAUGUGGCCAUAUAGAAGAUGCAUCAAAGAUAUUUAGAGAAAGCCCAGUCGUUGAUUUUGUAACUUUCACGUCUAUGAUUACUGGUUAUGUUCAAGAUGGGCAAGGUGAAGAAGCUUUAAGGCUUUAUUUGGAAAUGCAAGAUAGGGGAAUUAAGCCAGAUUCAUUUGUUUGCAGUGCUCUCCUUAAUGCGUGUGCUAAUUUAUCAGCAUAUGAACAAGGGAAACAAGUACAUGUUCACAUCUUAAAGUAUGGAUUCGUUUCAGAUAUGUAUGCUGGGAACUCUCUUGUCAAUAUGUAUGCCAAAUGUGGAAGCAUAAAUGACGCAGACCGUGCUUUCUCUGAGAUACCAGAGAGAGGAAUAAUCUCAUGGUCAGCAAUGAUUGCAGGACAUGCUCAACAUGGGCAUGGGAAAGAGGCCCUCCAAUUAUUCGAUCAGAUGCGUGCAGAUGGUGUUGCCCCCAAUCAGAUAACAUUAGUCAGUGUCCUCUGUGCAUGCAAUCAUGCAGGUUUGGUCACAGAGGCGAAACAAUAUUUCCAUUCAAUGGAAAAUUUGUUUGGAAUCGAACCAAUGGAACAGCAUUAUGCUUGCAUGAUUGAUCUUCUUGGCCGAGCGGGAAAUUUGGAUGAGGCAAUGGAUCUCGUAAACACGAUGCCAUAUCAAGCAAAUGCCGCAGUUUGGGGGGCACUUCUUGGUGCUGCAAGGAUCCACAAGAAUAUUGAGCUCGGACAACGUGCUGCUGACAUGCUUUUUGCACUGGAACCUGAAAAAUCCGGUACCCAUGUUCUUCUUGCCAACAUUUAUGCAUCAGCUGGCAUGUGGGAACACGUAGCAAAGAUGAGAAGACUUAUGAAGGACAGCAAGGUGAAGAAGGAGCCUGGAAUAAGUUGGGCGGAGGUGAAAGGCAAGGUACACACCUUCCAAGUGGGAGACAGGAGCCAUCCCAGAAGUGAGGAAAUUUAUGCAAAGCUAGAUGAGCUGAGUGACCUUUUGAACAAAGCUGGCUAUGUUCCUAUGGUAGAAAUUGAUCUCCAUGAUGUGGAACGAAGUGAAAAGGAGAAGCUCCUUCUCCACCACAGUGAGAAGCUCGCGGUGGCUUUUGCAUUAAUUGCCACACCUGCUGGAGCUCCCAUUAGGGUGAAAAAGAAUCUCCGGGUAUGCAUCGACUGCCACACUGCAUUAAAGUUCAUUAGUAAAAUUGUAUCGAGGGAGAUAAUCGUGAGAGACAUCAACAGAUUCCAUCAUUUUAGCGAUGGCUCAUGUUCCUGCGGGGAUUACUGGUGAUCUUCCAAGAGAAAGAUUCAUUCAAUUUGUACUACCGCCAAUAACACUUCCAGAUAUUCUUUGAGAUCAAUUUUGUAAAAUCUGCUUUAUUUAUUUUGAACCUGAUGUGAAAAUAAAGAUUCUCUGAGAAGAGCUGGUUGCUCUCAGGUUCUAAUUGCCUGCCUGCAUUACAUA